AUGUACACAACCACUACUGUUGCCAUAGGUAGAGGACCAAUGAGUGGCGCUGGCGUUGGAUAUGGUGCGAACCGACAAGAACUAACUAUCGUUGUCCCAUGGUCUCCGGAAUUUGGUGUUGCUUACCAACAAUUUGUUAAUGGUGGAUAUAACAACGCAGCCGGCGGUAUGGGUGGUCUAGGCGGUGGUAUGUCCAUGGGAGGAUUCGGCGGUAUGCCUAUGGGAGGAGGUUUAUCAAUGGGAGGAGGCUUACCUAUGGGAGGAGGUCUAUCAAUGGGAGGCUUUGGUGGUGCUUCUCCAAUGGGAGGCUUUGGUGGUGUUUCUCCAAUGGGAGGUUUUGGUGGCGCUCCUUCAAUGGGAGGCUUUGGCGGUGUUUCUCCAAUGGGAGGCUUUGGCGGUGCUUCUCCGAUGGGAGGCUUUGGUGGUGCUUCACCUAUGGGUGGUCUGGGCGGUGGUAAUCAAAUACAAGGUGUUCCUAUUGGAUUUGGUCUUUGCUGUCGGCGUUCAGAUACAGGAGACGCGCUUGUUUCGAAUACAUUAAUCAAGAUUUCAAAUACAAUGCGAGCAUUAUUCAUUCUUCUUUCCAUUGGUUUAUUUGUUACUUUAAUCCAUUAUUCAAAUGGGAAUCCAAUCGAGUCUUCUUUAUCGGCAAGUGAAGAGGACGACAGUGUAGAAUCGAAUGAAUCUUCUACUACAAUACCAUCAAUCGACAGUGAAAGUGGUGAAGAAAAAUUACCUGUUGCCACCAGCAAUGAAUACGAAGAAGAUGCUAAACUUACCAAAGCGCUUGAAUUUCUUAAAACAGUUCAACAAUCAGAAAGUGAUAGUAAUGAAAAACAAGCUGAUGAAGCCUCGGCUGACUCGAACGUUGCCAAAACUAACGAUCCAAAGAUCGAGCAAGAAAGCAGCGAAGAGUAA